AUGGAUUCCGACUCUAAUUGUGAUAGCGAGGAGGAAGAAUUCGAUCGGAGGAAGCGAGCCGCCUGUGCCGCCGUCAUGGCGGCGUGCAUGGUGAUCAUUCCCAUCCUCCGGAAGGAAAUAGAUCGAGAGGAAUGCCACGCGGGGGAACACGAUUCAGAAUCCAUUCCCCCUGAUAUUGCCAGGGAUUCAAAGCGGGAGCGCUACAUUCGGAAGAUCAUAAGAUCCACAGACAAGACCUGCAUCGACAUGACCAGGAUGAACAAGGCCUCCUUCCAUCACCUCUGCGGGGUUCUCAGAUCCAGGGGUCUACUCCGGGAUACGCUUUACGUUUCAGUCGAAGAACAGCUCGUCAUGUUCUUGAACACCGUCGGGCACGGCAUGAGCAAUCGUAUCAUCAGCCGGAACUUCGCUCGAUCCGGGGAGACCGUCAGUCGAUACUUCAACAUUGUUCUCAAGGCCAUCGGAUCACUCAAGGACGACUACAUCAGAGGCCCUCCUCCUUCUCCACCUCCAGACGUCACCUCAGAUACCAGGUACUGGCCAUGGUUCAAGGUAAUCAAUGUGCAGCAUUCAUCCCAAAGAGCUUGCCUCUGCUAUAUUUUACGAAUGUGAAGCCAGAUGAUUAUUAUAUCUCAUUAUUGGAACUCAGGACUGCGUUGGAGCAAUCGAUGGAACUCACCUGCCUGCAUCUGUGCCAGCCGAGAUCCGAUCCAGAUUCCGGGGGCAGGAGGAGCUACCGACGCAGAACAUACUGGCGGCGGUCAAUUUCGAUCUAACCUUCUCGUACGUGUUGGCCGGUUGGGAAGGAUCUGCCGACGACUCAAAGAUCCUAAAUGAUGCACUGGAGAGAGAAAAUGGGCUCACAGUUCCUGAAGGUAUGCAUCUACGGCUCCAAUUCUAGCAAAGAUCGAUACUUUCAUUACACCCACCCAGAUCAUGGCAUAUCAGGAGCACCCCUAUAUCUCUCAUACAACUUUGAUCAUGGCGCAGCAAAUCAUAGAACUUAGAGUAAUGCCCAUCACUCAGAGUAAGAUUAUUAUUUCAUGGCGGCUUGAUCAUGGCUCUGCCAAGCUUCCAUCUCCUACCUCUCAAAGAACUUUGAUCAUGGCACAGCAAAUCAUACAACUCAGAGUGAUGCCCAUCACUCUCAGUAAGAUUCUUAUUUCAUGGCAGCUUGAUCAUGGCUCUGCCAAGCUCCCAUCUCCUAUAUCUCUCAAACAACUUUGAUCAUGGCACAGCAAACCAUAGAACUCAGAGUGAUGCCCAUCACUCAGAGUAAGAUUAUUAUUUUAUGCCAGCUUGAUCAUGGCUCUGCCAAGCUUCCAUCUCUUUCUUUCAGAGAACCAGCAUUAUUAUUGCAUCAAAAGCAUGAAUACCCAUAUCAUGGAGAACGAAGAAAAUUAUAUAAAUACGCUUUUCUUCGUAGGAAAGUACUACCUGGUGGAUAAUCCCCGCAUGGCGGGUCCGGGUUUCAUCUCCCCAUACCCAGGCGUUCGGCACCGACCGCCGGGUUUUGAGGAUGGAGAUGGCAAUCCACCGACGAGUGCCGAGGAGCUGUUCAACUGGCGGCACUCUUCUCUCCGAGCAAGGAUGGAGCAUGCAUUGGGUGUUCUGAAGGCCCGGUUUCGGUUCCUGACAAGCUCUCCACAGUUCCCCUUCCUUACCCAGGUGGAUAUAGUCUUGGUUUGCUGCAUCCUACACAACAUGAUCAUCGAAUUCGAUCCAACGGAUGAGAUCCUAUCAGAGUACUCAAGUCAGGGAGAUCCAACCGCCCAGAGCCGGCAGUGCUCCAGCAGAGAUAAUGAGGAGAAUGAAAGCGGCACCAGCAACGGAUAUUUUGCUGAAUGGUGUGGUCGCAGGGAUGCAAUUGCUGAGGAGAUGUGGAAGGACUUUGUUGCUAUAAAUGGCUAG